AUGAAGGUUGACGCCUCUGGCGACCACGAGACGUUGAAGAAGAAGGCAGGAAAGGAACCAAACCGAUCACCAAUCGGAACUCCAGAAUUGACGUCCGAUCAUCGCUCAUUAUCCAAUUCCUUACAAAAUGCACCAGAAUCCAGGGAAAGUGGUGGGAAGACGAAUCUCGGUGCAGCAGGCAGACGGUCUGAAUUAGCUGGUCAGAAUGCAUUUUAUUUUGAUUCUGCCCUCACGCCUCAGUGCCUCGGAUUCGGUGGGAUGCCUGCACGCAACAGUGAUUGGACUACUUGCCAAGCCAAUCAACCUAUUUGUCUCAAAUGCCAUCCCUCUGCUGGCGCCGCAAAGGUUGACGCCCCGGCAACUGGCUCGUUCUCUGCAUCAUCCGAUCAGGCGAAAAAGGGACAAUUUGCAGAUAAGUCUGCUAAGCUUACGCCACCCCGACCUCCAUUUUUGGAGUCCGGAAAACUGUCUGAACAAUCGGAAACGAACGAAAAGCCUGAACCCGAGAUGACCUCAAAACCUGUUGCGUUUUUCGUACCACUAGACAGCUUGGAUUCCGCAGAAUUCGCAGACUUGGAUUCUUCACUGCAGACCAAGCGAUCCAUCAGCCGAGUGGCGGGUGAGAAGCGAAAUGAUCCUCCUUUUCAUAGAAAAACUCUUGGUCUCGUCCAUCCGUCAACGCAACUGGUCACUCAGCUCGAUCUCGAUAAUCUUGCAGUCCGCCGAUCGGCCUUCCUUGCAUCGCAACAACGCCGAGACGCCGAGCGACGGGAAAACCGGCAACAUCUUCGGGUAAUCAUGAAUACCGACGUUGGACACGAUUCAUCCUCAACGGUGGGUAGCACCAGCAGUAUUAGGACAAGUAAGAGAAGCAGCACCUCUCAAAAAGUGGCCGAUGCUUCGACCCCUUCGGGCGCAUGUGGACCCACAAAAGCUAAAAGUACUGCAAGUUGUAUUGCCAAGAACGGCAAAGUCGCCGGACUUCGUGGUCGAGGCGAAAUCUCGUCUUCCAUCGGGGCCAAUCUCAGUGAUUCCAAGCCAGUCGGCCAGACAGCCAACGGGCCUGCUCUACCCUCCGGCUGUCCAAGUGGGCUGCAAUCUAGCACGGCCGGCUACUCUCUUUUGGGCAGAGGGGAAGCGAACAGACGCAGUCGGCGAGAAGGAGAGAAGCAGAGACGAGAGGCCAUUUUUCAGAUUCCCAUCCUAUCUUUCCCACUCCGAAUCUUCUUGCCGAUCGACUAUAGCCCAUUACAUUCUAAUUGCUUACUUUUUGUUUCCACUUUUUUCUUGUGUCUCUUUCGUAUUUCUCCCAUUAAUCGACUUCAAUGUGCCCCUACCUCAUCUCAUCAACGUCAUCCUCGGCCACAGGCCUACUUGAAGCGCAAGACAGCCAUUGGCUGGCCAGCUGCUGCGGCUACGACGACCACCGGGGCCCCAGCCGCAUCGGAAACUGCAUUCCGCUCAUUCUCCAGUUUCCCAACCGGCCUGGCCUAUUCGGCCAGCUCGGAACGCCGAGCCUCUAUUUCCAAAGAUGAAAUUGGCGGCGGUUAG